AUGGGUUGCGAUGGAGGAAUGGGCUCGCUGGCUGAUCGUGGGCUAAAGACGCGUGACUGGGCCGAAGACGCAAGGAAUGAUGGCUCGGUGACGUGCGGCUUCACCGGGUUGAACAGUUGUUGUUGCGCUGAUGAAGACGCGUGGCUGGAGAGAAGUUCGAGUGGCUUCGCUGGCUUGCGGGGUCAACCGAAGGGCUUCUGCUGGGCUCGCUCGUUGACCAGCACUGUGUAUCACAAGAACCUGGUCAAGCUCCUGGGCAUACGUUUGGAGACAAAUGUGCCAUUGUUGGUCUAUGAAUUCAUUCCUAAUGGGACUCUCUAUCACCACAUUCAUGACAAGAGAUCGACCGUUUUGUGCUCAUGGAAGAAUUGCCUCAGGAUUGCUUCGGAAGCUACCUUGGCCCUUGAGUACUUGCAUUCCCUAGUUGACCCGCCGGUCAUUCACAGCAAUGUCAAGUCUUUGAAUAUACUUUUAGACAAGAAGCACUCAGCAAAAGUAUCUGAUUUCAAGGCCUCGGUUUUGAUAUCACCUGGAAAGACUCAUAUAGCUGAUAGAGUACGAGGCACAAUAGGUUACCUUGACCCUAAGUAUCUCACCACUGGUGAAUUAACCAUGAAGUGCGACACUUAUAGUUUUGGGGUUGUCCUUGUGGAGCUCCUCACCAGAGAGAUGCCAACUCAAUGA